CAUAAAAUAAGAACUGAUAAUAAAGAAAAAGUAGAUUAAGGAAUAAGCUAAGUAAUUUAACAAAAAAGUCUGCGAGUGGAGUUUUUAAUAUAAUUAAGAGUGAAUUAAUUAAAUCAAUUGUAUCUUGUGAAUACUACCAAAACAAAAGUGGCAAUUACUAGAAUUAUUAUCUGUUCUAUUUUGGUUGACUAAGAAAACAAAUGCAUUAAAAUAAAUUUGUCUAUACUCGACCUAAAUGUAUCUUACCAUUUUCAACUGGUUUUGUUCAUGGGGCAGUGGUAUAAACGGCACUUGCUGUUGCCACGGUCUUAGUAACAUAAAUAAUUGCAAUAAUUUUGCAAGAUAUUAGUUUUACGAUGUCCAAAAUGAGAAUUUUACGAAAUAUUUACAUAGCCGUGCAGCCACAGUUUUUAUACGUAGUAAUAAUUACGUUUGUUGGGGCAUUCACCAUAAACUACAGAGUUGCGGCUAGUCCAGUUGAAAUCGUUUUAAAUACUACCAACCAUGGGAUUACAAUAAAUGCGUCUCCAAACUGGAAUCCUCUACCAAAUGCUCAGUAUUCAAACAAAACACAAAAUAAUAAUAUCCUUACUGAUCUUAAGAUAUCUGAAACAAUUCCAUCAAUAUUAGCGCCGCAACAAACGCCUAUGUCUAUAAAUACUUUGCCUACAGUAUAUUAUGGCCAUAAAAAACGUGACAGGCUUCUAAAAUGUCAUUGCGAUAUUUGCAAGGAAACAAAUUUUAUAUGCGAAACAGAUGGAUAUUGCUUUACGUCUGUAGAAAAAGGUUCAGAUGCGACAACUUUUAGUUAUAGAUGUUUAAAUUUAACUCAAAGUUUCCCACCUGGUCGAUUCAUAUGGUGUAAUGAUGGUACUAAUGGUGGACCAACAGCACGUCCAGCUGCUGUUCGUGGUGGACAUGCCUGCUGCAAAGAGCGUGAUUUGUGUAAUUUAAAAUUGAGACCAAAAAUAAAAUUGCAUCCGAUAGAUCUGGAGCGAAAUAAAGAAGGUUUGCUACCGGAACAGUCUCUGAGCACUUGGGUACUUGUUGCUAUUAUUUUUGGAGCAACUUUAAUCAUUUGCGUACUGAUAACUCUUUUCUGGUGUUAUUGCCAAAAAAAGAAACAAAAUUCUAAUGGACGAGCAUUUGCACCAGAUGAUUCCGGGUACGAUCCCAUUUUAAAUGGCAAUACCUUACAAGAUAUUAUUGAGAUGACAACAUCUGGCUCUGGUUCAGCUGGUUUACCGUUAUUGGUGCAGCGAUCUAUUGCUCGUCAAAUACAAUUAUGCCAUGUUAUUGGAAAGGGUCGCUUCGGUGAGGUAUACCGUGGACGUUGGCGUGGUGAAAAUGUUGCAGUCAAAAUAUUUUCUAGUCGUGAGGAAUGUUCAUGGUUCCGAGAAGCAGAAAUCUAUCAAACCGUUAUGUUAAGGCAUGAAAAUAUAUUAGGUUUUAUUGCGGCAGAUAAUAAAGAUAAUGGUACGUGGACGCAGCUAUGGCUAGUAACUGAUUAUCAUGAAAAUGGGUCGUUAUUCGAUUAUCUUACAACGCAUAUUGUUGAUACAAAAACAAUGCUUAAUAUGGUACUUUCAAUUGCUACUGGUUUAGCACACUUGCAUAUGGAUAUUGUAGGUACACGAGGAAAGCCAGCCAUAGCACAUCGUGACUUGAAGUCUAAAAAUAUAUUAGUAAAGUCAAAUUUAAGUUGUGCUAUUGGAGAUUUGGGUUUAGCUGUACGUCACGUUGAAAAAAAUGAUUCGGUUGAUAUUCCUUCAACUCAUCGUGUGGGCACGAAAAGAUAUAUGGCACCCGAAGUACUAGAUGAAAGUAUGAGCGCACAACAUUUUGAUUCAUACAAACGUGCUGAUGUAUAUGCUUUUGGGUUAAUAUUAUGGGAGAUAGCACGUCGUUGCAAUAGUGGAAUGAUGUAUGAUGAAUAUCAAUUACCAUAUUAUGAUGUGGUGCAACCUGACCCAAGUAUUGAGGAAAUGAGAAAGGUUGUAUGUGGUGAUAAAAUGCGACCUAGUAUACCAAAUCGUUGGCACACGUCUGACGUGCUUCACAGCAUGGCCAAAGUAAUGAAAGAGUGUUGGUAUCCAAAUCCUGUUGCGAGAUUAACAGCACUUAGAAUUAAAAAAACAUUGGCUAGUAUAACAGUAGAGGACAAAAUUAAACACUGAACAUUUUAUUAAAAUGUUUUAUUGUUUGUAAUAAACUGACCCAUAAAAUAAAUAUAAAUACUAUUUCACUUACGCAUUUGCGUUGGAUCGGAUAUAAUUAUGCAUACAGUUUUUAUAUUG